UUUUGUGGCCGAAUUAGCCCCAUCGCGGCUGUAAUGGCCGAUUCCACCGCGCACCCGCCGGCGGCGGUGGAUCAGCGAGUCCAGCGGCUGGCUACCCGCGCGUCCAUCGCACUCGCCGCUGCGGCUACGCUCUUCCUUGUGUACCUCGUCCGGCACGCCUCCACCUCCUGCUUCCCCGCGUCCCACACCAUCUCCCUCUCCCCCUUCCCCCGUAACUCCUGCGACGCCGCCUCCCGCCGUGUCCUCCCCCCGGACCGCCGGCUCGCUAAGCUCCGCUCAUCCUCUCGCUGGCGCCGCCGCUCCUCCGCGCUGGCUUCCUCAGUAUUCCCUCCGCUCCGUGGCCUCCGCCUCUUGGCCGGCUCCUCCCGCGUCCUCUGCCUCGCCGCGGGAGCCGGCAACGCCGUCGACGCGCUCCACGCAGUGGGAGUAAGCGAAGUGACCGGCAUCGACCUCGUGGAGUUCCCGCCGCUCGUCCGUCGCGCCGACCCCCAUCGCCUCCCCUUCUCCGGCGGCGCCUUCGAUCUCAUCUUCUCCGACGAUCCUGCAGGGUUCUCCGGCGCGCUCUUCCCGUCUCGCGUCGCCGCUGAGGCCGAGCGCGCUAUCCGCCAUGGCGGUGCCAUCGCGAUUGCCGUCGACCGGCAGCUGGACCCCGCCACCGUCGUCGCGCUCUUCAAGAGGUCGCGCGUCCUGGAUACCAGAGAUGUCACCUUGGAUGGCUCCCAAGUCAGGUUCUUAAUUCUUCAAAGAGGACUAAAUAUGAAAAUGCUGUUUGGAGGCCGGUAUCACGUGCUUCUGCUUUUAUUGGCAUCAGCCCCAGUCACGUAUUGGUAUCCCGUAUUUCAGCAACGAACGCCAUUUAAACACCACCGUAUUCCAGCACGGCGGGCACAGUCAUACAAAUCGCAAACACAGCCGCUGCCAUGGCUUCUUCUUCCACAGUCAGAUCCAGGGAGAGGGGCCAGCAUCUACCGCUCAUUAUGUACACGCACGAAUCAAUGAGCUACCAGAAAAAAACACAGCCAGUUGAAAACAGUAUUCUGCAUCAAUGAGCCCUCUCAUGUGCUGCCUUGCUGAUCCUAAUUCUGCGAGAUUUAACAUAGGUGCCAGUUAAUUGUUGAAUCACACACUGGACUAUGCAUCGGAAAAACAGAGACAUGUGCUCUAUAUGUCACAAUGACCUGCCAAUCACAUAUGAACAUUUGCUAUUGCAUUAGGAGCUAUCGUCAUACAGUCACAUAUUACAGUCUAGAUCCCAAGUUAAUUACGUUCACGUCCAGCAGGAGCCUUGUGCUUUUGAGACGACCACCCCCUCUUCAUCUCCAUAUUUUUUGGCCCCUGCACAGAUCAUAUCUUCGGGAGACGCUUCCUUUGAAUCGGCCGGCCCUCGUUAGCGCCGUUGUACUAACCGUUAAUCUCCUCUGUCACAUUUUCUUUCCUCCAAUCCAGCUUCCUUUUCUCCAUUGCUGGAAUCGGAAGAAAUUCAAUAUUCCAGGCCUGUAUGAUCCCACGAAUAGAAGCAACGACCAUCUCCACUCCAGCUGCCUCCUAUAGGAUAGCCCCCGCAUCCAAUCUAGUAGCCAAUCUGCAACCCAAUCCAAACGAACAUCACGCUAGAUCCAUUUUUGAAGAGACAAAUCAUACUAAAAAAGCUACCAAAACAAACAUCCUCAACAUGCCCAAACGAUUCCCAACACUAAAAAAGAACAAAAUCGUCAGAUCCGCCAGAAGAUUAGCCAGAAUCCGGCUCAUCAAAGAAGAAUUCACUUGAGAAUCUCAGCCAAAGAAAUGUAAAGCAAUCAGUAAUGUCAUAUCCUAUGGGCCUAUACAUAACAAUUUAAUGAUCCACGAGCCCCUUGCUGACGCCACAUGUAGAAAAUUAAUAUUAGCCCUGGAGGCACAUCAUAUCCCUUCAUUACCAUGCUAGGUCGAAGCCCGGGUAUACAAAUAGCUAUGGUAUAAAAUCAGCCCUAGAAGCACAUCAUGUCCCUUCAUUACCAUGUGUCUCUCAACAGUUUGUGAUGGGGCAUUUAAAGAGCAAGUGGUGACCAAUAUGAUGUUCAUGGUGAAUCUUGAUAUAGUCAUGAAAGAGCUUUGGUGAUAUAGUCUUGAAGCAAUGAAGUAAAAUGAAGAGUUCAUUAUGGCUUUUAAGAAACCAAUAUAGAGCUUGAAGUAAAGAUGUUGGUUGACCAAGAUGAAGCUCAAAGAUUGUAUCUAGAUGGUCAACAUACAAGCGCAAACAAUGUACCGCGUGGGAUCAAGUGAUCUAGUGGUAUGGUAAGUAAUUGUGAAUUGUGUUUUGUUCACUAACCCUUGUUAUGUGUUUGCUAUGUCUAUGUGGGUCAGGUGUUUCUCAUGGGCUUGCAUCAAAAGAAGGAUUUCGAGUAGCCUAUGUGAGGAUGCUAUCAAGUGGUGAUGGUCAUCGGGUUCGAGGAGUCCAAGUGCAAGAUGAGAAACCGGAGGUUAUAUGCUUUGAAGCUUGUGAUCCACAUCAAAAUAAUGUGCAUGUGAAGAUGGGCUUAAGUUAAGGCUUCCCUCAUUGCAAUAUGAGGAAUGAUUUCAAGUAUCUUCACCAAGUGAUUGUGGACAAGAAAAGGAUUAAAACUUAAGGCAAGCAUUAAAAGUCAUCAAGAAGCCCAAGUGAAAUGUGCAAGUCAAAGGUAUACCUUAGCUAGGUUUUCCUAGUUUUGUCGGUCUCAUGAUGCUUUGUGGGAGACCGGAUUAUAGGUUUGAUAGCCAUACUAUCAAGAGGGACUUUCGGGCAAGUUGCUUGAAUACGUCGCAUGUUGAGAGCUCAAACCUUUGCAGGAUUUGCAUCAUUCUUUCUUGUUGAUCUGGGACGGUUCUCUACGAGAGGACCUUGGCUUUUCUAUAGCUUUAAAACGAGCCCAAGAUCAUUGAAUUCGGAGCUCGUAUGCCAAAGUUAUGCAUGUUUGUGUUU